GUUAAAAUAGAACUCCAUCUUGGAAGGAGAAGUAUUUUGAGGGAACCUUUCAAAGUGGAAAGAAAAAUAUAGAGUUUCUCACUAAAAUUAAAAAAGAGAGAUAUAAGUAUACUGUAAGAUGUUGCACGAAGGUGGUACAACCCGAAUUACGGAUGAAAUCGACGAACUUCGCCGAAAACUUGCCUUGUUGGAUGGCGACAGAAAGGCCUACUACGAGAGCUCGCAAUGGACUAUGAAGAAAAACAAAGAAAACAUACAGAAACUUAGAAAGAAAAACAAGGAUUUGAGGCUGGACUUGGCCAAGAAAAAAGCGGGAGACGAAAAAGUUAUUGAUGAUGCUUUUAAGGCAAGAGAUCCUCAGAGACACUGUGCCAUGCGUGGAAUGUCUGGAAGAGCUGCAAUCAGCAAGCUUGACCAGCAAGUAUGUGAAGGUAUAAAGAAACUUAAUGCUCUUAAACAUACAAGGACCACUAAAGAGAAGAAGCUAUUUGAGCUCCAGACAGAGUAUGACCAGAUGGUAAAGGAUGCCGAGGAAGCUGUGAAUACAGAUGCUGGUGAAUCAGCUGAUGCUCAGAAACUUCGCAUGGUGGAAAACAGCCUUGAUAAAAUGAACCUCAAGUUGAGUGAAGCAAAGAGGAUCAGAACCACAUAUGACCAAAUCUUCGAAUGCCUAAAAGAAGAGUGUUUGUCUUGGCCAAAUAAGCUUGACCAAAAGGAAGCAGAGCUAAAAGCGGCCAUGGAUGAACUGGAAGAACUGAAAGCCAGUAAUAAUGAUGCUCAGCUAGCUAGAGAAGCUGCAAAGGCAGAGCUGGCUAAGCUUGAGCAGUCGGUUUAUGAAGCCAAGAAAGAAAGGGAAGCUGCUUUGGCUGAGUACAAGAAACAGGCUGAAGAGAAGAAAGAACAAGCUGAGAAAGUUGAAAAGAGGCUUCAAAGAACGUCACUACAACAAGAUGAUCUGAAUGAUCAAAGGGCAGCAUUAUCUGGUGAGGAGCAGGAGCGUAAGAUAACAACGUAUGAAGAGGCAAUGAAUAAGAUCAAAGAUGCCACAGGUGUGUCUGACAUCAAGGAGGUUGUACAGAGAUUCCUUGCUCAAGGUGACACACAGAAACACUUAAUGCAGCUGAAGUCUGACAAUGAAAAAAUGCUUGUCAGACUUAAAGAGGAAAAGGAAAAACAAAGAAUUGAGUAUGAAGAAAUGAAGUAUUCUGGAGAAGCACGUUUAUCAAGUGGACAAAGAAUGCUCGAAGAAUUCCAGCAACGUCUUGAAGAGGAGCUGGCAAAAUGUGGCGAGUCCGAGAAGAGACAGAUUCAUGUCAGUCGCACACUUGUCAAUGUCAAGGCUGGUAUAGAGCAUCUUGCUGAUAAGUUACAACAUCUUAAAGCUCCUAAAGGCCAAGUUCCUCAAGCUCAGCUCUCUCCAACCUCUGAUGAAUACAUUCUUGAUCUGUUGGGUACAUGUGAACAGAAACUCUUGAAGCUAACAGAUGAGUUGGGUGGCAAAGACAUUGCAGAUGUUAUGAAGGAGAUGGAAGACUUAGAGUUCCGAUCAAGUAUGGAGGGUAAGCUUCCUCAAUACAAUACCCGUGUCAAAUUACCUGUGGUUACUGAAAGAAUGACAACGUAUGAAGAUGAUGAAGAAAGUGGUGAAGAUGAAGAUGUUCUUUCAAGAAACGCAAUCAAAAGAUACUCUCAACAACUCGUAGACUCGAAAACCAAAAAACAUAAAGCAAGAAAAUCAAAGAGAAAAACAAAACAGUAAAAUGAAUAUGACUUUUAGAGAUGUAAUUUUACAUGACGUCCUUUUUAAUGAGUUAUGUAAUCAAGUGUACAUAUCAAUUGUCCUCAAGGUUUUACUAUUUGGUGUUGACUAACCAUUUUAAGUGUCCUUAAUAAAUUGAAUAACGAUUCUACCUAUUGAAAUCACUGUCUUUUGAAAGGAGUGACUUUACCUUUAAUUUAAACCAGUAUUUUAAAUAAACAUGUGAACAUGCAA